UCUUCCUUAUUUUCUCGAAUUUUGAGAUCGUAUCAAGCGAUCACUAAUCUGAUGGAUUUCUUGAGACUUUGAUUGUGGAGUGAGUGUUACCUCGACAGGAUAUAUAAACGAGUGAGACCACCAGCAUGUAGAAGAGGAUCAAAGGUUCAUCGGCAGCCUACAGCAAACAAAUUAAAUUCUUUUGAAACAAGCAAAUACACACCAUUGCUAGCAGCAGAUCGGACCCAUUUCCUCACCGCCAGCAAACAUGAAGUUCUUGUCCUGCUUCGUCGCUAUCGGUCUCUUUGCCGGCGUGUCCAUAGCCCAAAAUAGCACAGUUCAGAUUGCUCACGUCACUCUCCGCUCUGAGGGCGACGACCAUUCUUUCCCUCUCGACGUCCCAGCCAACGGCAAGCCCGUCUUCACAUACAGCACGCUUCCAGUCCAACUGAUUGACGCUCCCGACUACGACGUCCUCCAGUUAUGUGCGAUUCAAACCGUCGGCCCGGCGAAUCUGAGCAGCACAAUCGCGUCCGACGGUGUAACGCAGCAAGUUGUGAUUGAUCCGCCGCAGACGGUCACAAGUAUUGCCUGCCAGGGGACAUGUGUCGAGACUUGGGGUGCCUGCGUUGAUGCAAACGCCCAGUCGCUUGGACCUUGCUGUAAUGGCCUGUGCAUUGCUUCUCGUUGCAGGCCUUUCAAUCAGCCAUGAAGAGACUGAGUUAUAUGAAGCGAUUUACAUGGUGGACUCUUGAUUAUACACUAUUACGAUUUGGACAUAUGAGUUUGUAUAUAUACAUAUAUCUACGGGAAGGUACUAGGUAAAUAUUGAUCAAAAAAUUGUAUUUGGCGUAGAAUUCAUCUAUCUAAAUGGCAGCAAUAUGGAAUUAGGGUUUGAGCUUUACAAUAGAACGAAGCAAUAGCUGAAAUCCAACCACUGAAGAGUAAAGUCGGGAAAAAGGAAGAGAAAAAAAAAAUGAAAUAAA